AUGGCUCCUCAGACAACCUCCAGUAUUGCUAUGGCUCUCGCUGGCAAAACUGGCAAGACUGCUUCUGUUGAUAUCCCGCAUGCAGGUGUGGGCCGCGCUACGCGACCCGGACAGCCUGCCAUGCUUCCCACGCCACCCAACUCUAUUUCUCCUACUCUCCCUCCUACGUUCCAGCGGGUUACCCUCUCCCCGGGCUCUCCUCUGUCCACUGUGCCUCAGCUGGACUCGGACAUUGAUCUGCAGGAUGGUGUCGAGCAUAACUCCGCCGGCCGGGACAAUCUCGAUAGCACGGGCGCCAUCACUCCAGCCAUGCUGGCCAAGUAUCAUCUCCCUGAGAUCCUUCUGCAGCAAGGCCCUCUCGCUAUCCGCCACGUUAUGGGCCACCUGACGACCUCGGUGCCUGGUUUCUCGCGUAUCCCGCCUGCGAAAGCACGCCGACUGGUUGUGGCCGCCCUGGAGGGCCGAAGCGGUAGCAGCAGUGAUGUGGUAUUUGAGAAGAUUGGUUGGGGCCGCUGGGAUGCACGACGUCGUGGCGAACCGGCCCGCGAUUUCGCAUCUACAUCACCUCCUUCCAGUGUGUCAGGCUCUCUGCAGCGUGGUGUCCAAAUUCAAGGCCAGUCCAGCUGGCAGGGUGGCAACCGCCAUCCUUACCGGAUGAGCUUUGCUGAGUCCACGGCAUUCUCCUACACCGAUGACUUCGGAAUGCAUGGUGACCUGGAUGUGCUCGAGCAUGAGGCCGACAAGAUGUCCUUGGAUGGCGAGGAAUACUAUUCUUCAUCGGAGGCACCGGAUGAACUCCAGGAGAACGAAUGGGAUGAAGGCGAUGUCACAGACGAGGAAGACUGGGCUCAGAUCGGCGCAGAUGCGUUGCGUGCUCGCUCCAUGAACACCGGCAGUUUCAUGAAUGAUGCUGCCCGGACAAAGCCUCAGCCUGCCGGCAUCUUCCCUGCUACCUGUCCCUCUCAAAUUCCCCGCACCAUCGACCACCAGGAACGUGCUGCUGUGGAGGCACUUCUCCGACUGGGCUCCAUGUAG